UAUUAAUUAUGAUGGUGGAUCGUUUAAUGGAGUACAUGUAUGGAAUGUUGAGCAUUAUUAAAAUUUUGCAAGUCCAUAUCUUGUGCCCAAUUUCCAAGCCAAUGAAAUUCGAGACUUAUUCACUUCAAGACACGUCGUCUGUGAACAAGUCUCGAGGGGACAUUUGUAGACAAUCAAAUUUUAAGCCAAUAAAAUGGCGACAACAGCCUACUAUCUGGAUGGCGAGGCCAACGUGUGGUGCAAUGGCUCACGAGCGUAUACCGCAACCGACAGCGAGUUAUUACCUGGACGAUUUCGAGCGAGAGUUACAUACACGCUUUGGCACGUCCGACUACCACAACUAUGAUGAGGCGCUGACACGAAUAAGGCAGACAUGUAAUUUACGUGAUUAUCUGAAGGAAUUUGAGCGUUUAGCUUGUCGGGUACGAGGUUGGCCCGAAACUGCAUUAGUAGGAGCAUUCAUAAGUGGCCUAAAGUAUGAUCUAGCGGCUGAGGUGCGUCUUGAACGGCCCGAGUCCAUGCACACUGCUACGGAAGUCGCCCAGCGACGCGAGGAUCACUUAGCGGCCACGCGAAGGGGACGGGCGGACAACCGCUUCACCAAUACACACUGCGUACGCCCAAGCCAAUCGACCGCAGGCACACGACCGGCCAUCAACGCUCGACCACCGGGGCCAGUGGUCAAGCAACUUACACCUGAGGAGAUCAAACACCAACGAGAGAAAGGCCUUUGUUUCAAGUGUGAAGAAAAGUUCAUGCCAGGCCAUCGAUGUAAGCAGGCUUUUGUUAUAGAAAUUACCAACUCCGAUGAAGAAGAUACUGAGGUCGAGGAAGGACCGGAGCACGAGGACAAGAUUGAAGUGCUCGAAGAGGAAGCUGAAAUCUCAAUGCAUGCAAUGGCUGGGAUCAGAGGGCCAAGGCCGAUGCGACUACCAGCUUGGGUCAAGGACCGUCGAGUGGUCGUACUCGUAGACAAUGGGUCAUCACACAACUUCAUCAAGGCCGACUUGUCUCAGAAGCUGAAGUUGCCAACCACGAAAAUUGAGCCCUUUGAAGUUCGAGUAGCCAAUGGUGAGAGGUUAAGGUGCACCGAGUCUUUUCGGGGGGCACUGAUCAAGUUCCAAGGGGUUACUGUGGAGGCUGAUCUCUAUGCCUUACCCCUGGUCGGACCCGACGUUGUUCUAGGAGUCCAGUGGCUAGAAGGAUUAGGGAAGGUUACUACUGACUACCGAACCGGGAUCAUGGAGUUCAGAUCUGGAGGUAAACGGUUCACUUUAAAGGCUGGAGAGGAGAAG